UCUGACCGAUCAUUACCAAGCCGAGAAAGCAGAGUGAAGUCGGCCAGUCGUGUGUCUAUCCGAGGCCGGAUGGUAAAAUCCAACCUCCAGCGGAUCCUAAACAGUCAUUGCUUUGCUCGUGAGAAAGAAGGAAAACAGCAACCCUUUACUACCAUGGCGAAUAUAAGUAGUGGUAUCUGUGACAUGAUUGGGAAUCUGUCCCUGCACUGUAGUAGUACCCGCGGCCCAGGGCCUCUGUGGUGCUCCGAUGCCCCUCUCCCACCCCUGAAGAUCCCAGGUGGGCGAGGGAAUGGCACACGGGAUCACGCUCCUUUGGCUCGGCCGCUCUAUACAGACCGGAAGUUGACCGUAACAGAAGAACCAGCAGGAAAUGGGCGGCCAGGGAUUCUCCACUUCCAAAGUCAUCCCACAGUUACCAAGAUGAUACAAUGGGAUGCUGUCCUAAGCAGCGGCGCACUCUAUGUGGAGAUUCCUUUUGACCCUCUUCCUGAAGGCAGCAAGGAGAGUUUUGCGGCUCUCCUGGAGUAUGCUGAAGAACAUCUGAAAGUCAUUAGCGUGUUUGUCUGCUUUUACAAGAACAGAGAUGAUCGUGCUAAACUGGUGCGUACCUUCAGUUUCCUGGGCUUUGAGAUUGUGAAACCGGGCCAUGCCCUCGUCCCACCUCGACCUGAUGUUUUCUUCAUGGCCUACAAUUUUGACAGGGACUCAUCGGAUGAUGAGUAGCUCUCCCGACAGCUUCUCCAUUUAUCGCUAUAUUCUACUUUCAAUUGCAUGUUUUUUUCCCCCCCAUAUUGUCCCAGCUUAACAUUAAACACAAGUUUGUGUUAAACCCCGGGUUGUAGUAGUCUGUAUGCAAGUACUCAUUUCCCCAAGCUUGUUCUGUUCAAGGGAAUACGUAUAAGCUAUGUAUCUUGUUUCCAGCAUCUGUUUUUGUUGUUUUUUUAUUAAUCUGUUUUCACUGAAGAUUGAUGGUAGCUCCUAAAAAGGAUUUUUUUCUUAAACAUAUUGCAGCUGUUGUUGCCAGUCAGAUUCCAGUUGGAGGAUUUUUCAUUUCUUGAAUGUACAGCAAAAAGGUCAUCAAGUUUACACUCGGGUAUCCCAGCUUUCUUUUUAAUUGGCAAAAUAAUGACCUUAAAUAUCUCAUACUAGCUUUGUUUUUGUCACACUAAUGCCCUCAUUAGUAAAAGGGGUUUUGAAUGGCAACUUUUAAGCAACAACCCCAAUGAUUGGUACUUUCUUGUGGCAUAGUGAAAGAAUUUAGAUGAAGUGGGAUGGAAAGAUGAAUGCUGUUGUCUGUAGACAGUUUAAUUUGAAGUUUAAAGAACUUUGAGUGUAAUGGUACUAAGCAAAAGGAAAGUGAAUAAUCCAAAGUGCUUCUGUAUCUUUCUGCCACAUGUGUCUGACAGUAUUGAAGAAUUUUGUUUUAGAAGUUUAAAAAGAAAAAUGCUGUGACAUUGAAUUUCUCCUGGAUUAGCAUUCCUUAUCGAUCUUGUUUUUGUGAUAGUAUGGAAUAUGUUGUUCACCUGCAUAGUGGUACCUGUUGUGCUUCUGUGAUAAUAAAACACCAAAAAC